UCCCUGUAAUAAUGACCUUUUGCCUUUAAGUUAAUGAAUUAGUUCUACCUCCUGUGACUUUUGACCAAAACACAUUCUUCUCAUUGCAAGAAAACAUUAGGUUGAUUUUUGGUAAGCAACAUGAUCAUAUUAAUUGGGCACAAUGAUCAAUUUGCUGAUUUAGUGAUUCUCUCAUUUUUCCUUACUGCAGACCACCUGAAUGGUUAUCUACAUUUGGUGGACCACUGCAUCUGAUUCUCCCGCCGCCCCUCACCAUCCCUACUCAGCUUUCUGCUUCUGCUUAUCGGGCAGUACUAGGCCACCAGCAAGCUCCUCAUGAUUCACUGGUAGUUCAAGGACCAUAGGUUGAGACUUUACUAACGCUUGCAUUAGGUCGUAACCAACCUUUGAAAAAGGAGAAACCAAAAUGGAAAAGCGAUUAUCCCAUGACAGAUGGACAGCUGCGCAGCAAGAGGGACGAGUUUUGGGAUACCGCACCAGCUUUUGAAGGCCGAAAAGAGAUAUGGGAUGCGUUGAAGGCUGCGGCACAUGCUUUCGAGAGCAAUGAUCACGAACUGGCGCAAGCAAUCAUUGAUGGUGCAAACAUAACAUUGCCACAUGGUGCACUGACAGAGUGCUAUGAUGAAUUGGGAAACAGAUACCAACUUCCAGUCUAUUGCUUGGCACCACCAAUCAACAUGAUAGAGGAAAAGAGCGACAUAGAGACUCUGGAUAUUCCCGAGCCACCACCUAAUUCUGGAUAUGAAUGUCAGCUCCGCUUGCGCCUUUCCACAGGCAAAGACCUCAAACUUGUGGUCCGCAGCACAGACACAGUAUACCACAUGAAGAGGAGGCUGCACGCCACAGAAGGGGUAGAGCCAAGCAGUCAGCGAUGGUUCUUUUCUGGCAGACCGCUCACUGACAAAAUGAAGUUGGAGGAGCUGAAGAUCCCAAAAGACUAUGUUGUGCAGGUUAUCAUCAGCCAACCUUUGCAAAACCCAACACCAGUUGAGAACUGAACUGGUCCUGUUGGCUGGUCCCCAGAUCAUUCCUAUUCCUUUAUAUUGUUGCUUUCAUCAUUUCCUACUCUAUGGCGUGAAAUUUACUUUCACUGCUCUGAAUUCCCUGUGAAUGGAUUUAGUUCUGAGGAAUUACUAGUGAAAAAUUCCAUCUGUGAUGGAGAACAACAAAAAUAAUUAAUAAAACACAAAGAGCCAG